AUGUAUGUUGUGGGAAAUGUCUACCUCAUCGCCGCCAUAUCGGUGAUCGGCGGUGCUCUCUUCGGCUUCGACAUUUCGUCCAUGAGCGCCGUCAUAUCGACUCAACCAUAUCUGUGUCGCUUCAAUGAGCUUGGGUUCAACGAAAAUGGUUCCUGCAGGGGUCUGCAUGAGGACGUCCAGGGCGGUGUAGUGGCUGCCAUGCCUGGAGGAUCUCUCAUUGGUGCCAUGGUCUCCGGUUUCCUUUCCGACCGUUUUGGACGCAAACCAACUAUCCAGAUUGGUGCUGCCAUCUGGUGUGUUGGUUCCAUCAUCACGGCAGCUGCAGUCAACGUGCCCAUGUUGGCUAUUGGCCGUGUCAUCAACGGCUUCGCCGUCGGCAUCUGCUCUGCCCAGGUCCCCGUCUACAUAUCUGAGAUCGCCAAGCCAACUGUUCGCGGCCGUCUCAUCGGACUACAGCAGUGGGCGAUCACAUGGGGUAUCGCCAUUAUGUUUUUUAUCUGCUAUGGCUGCUCUUUUAUCAAGUCCGAGGCUGCUUUCCGUGUGCCAUGGGGCGUCCAAGCUGUCCCCGCCGUUCUCCUGGGCCUGGGCCUCAUUAUCCUCCCCGAAUCUCCCCGAUGGCUGGCCAAGCAUGACCGAUGGGAAGAGACCCUUGCUGUAUUGGCCCGCACACACGGCAAAGGCGACAGCAACGCUCCCUUUGUCGUCAAGGAAAUGGCUGAAAUCCGGGCAGUGGUGGAAUUCGAGCGCGCCAACGCCGAUGUCUCCUACCUUGAGCUUUUCCGUCCCAACAUGAUUGUCCGGACCAGCAUUGGAGUGGCCACCCAAAUUUGGAGCCAAUUGACGGGAAUGAAUGUCAUGAUGUACUACAUCACCUACGUCUUCACCAUGGCCGGUCUCGGAAGCGACGUUCUCCUGCCCAGCGGGAUUCAGUUCAUCAUCAACGUGGUCAUGACCGUGCCUGCUCUCAUCUGGAUGGACAGCUGGGGUCGUCGCCCUACGUUGCUGAUCGGCGCUGCUCUCAUGUGUCUCUGGCUAUGCAUCAACGCCGGCUUGUUCGCCACCUACAGUCGCCCGCCACGACCAGAAGACAACUUUACCUCGGCUUCCAUGUCGAUGAAGAUCGAGGGCGCCCCUGCCAAGGCUGUCAUUGCCUCGACAUAUUUGUUCGUCGCUUCGUUCGCCUGCACCUGGGGCCCGACCUCUUGGGCCUACCCGCCUGAACUCUACCCUCUGAGACUUAGAGGCAAGGCUGUCUCCCUUGCUACCGCAGGCAACUGGACUUUCAACUUUGCCUUGGCAUACUUUGUACCUCCCGCGUUCGCAAACAUCACAUGGCGCACCUAUGUCAUUUUUGCCGUCUUCUGCGCCGCCAUGUUCAUUCAUGUGUUUUUCUUGUUUCCCGAGACGGCCAACAAACCGCUGGAGGAGGUCUCGGAUAUGUUUGACGACACCAAACCGGGCGCGAUCCGGCUCAUCGGUACCCCGGCCUGGAAAACGCACAACGUACGCAACUCUGCACGCCGCGUUGAGCGCAGCGAGUUCGACAUCGAGGACAAGAGGGUGGGCACGCCGCCGGCGACUGAACAGAAGGAGACGGUUGCAUAGAGGAAGUGUUGUUACAG